AUGAACCGUUAUUCUGUUCUGAAGGAAAAUGACAACAUCAUCCAUCAAGUCAACUUGCCCUCCAAGUCGCUAGAUCCGCUACAGUACGUUGCUGAGGAGGCCCUAAGGGACUUGGGCAACCCAGAUAUCUCUGUGAUGCUCCUUGACCUAGAUCAACUUGAGCGUCAGAUGAAAAAAUGGAAAGAACUGCUACCCCGUAUUAUCCCAUACUACGCAAUGAAAUGCAAUCCCGAGCCAAUGCUGGUGAAGACUCUCUACCACUUGGGCUGUAGAUUUGACUGUGCUACCAUCAAUGAGAUGAAGCUGGUCAAAAGUAUCCUGUCCGAGAAUAUGGGGGGUUCGAACGCCCAUAUUAUAGAUGAAAUGAUGGCCUCGCACAUCGUUUAUGCUAACCCGAACAAAUUGCCGUCUCAUCUCAUUGGUGCCAGAGACCUGGGAGUUGAGUGCAUCGUAGCUGAUUCUGCCUUUGAGAUAGCCAAGAUUGCUCAUUAUCAUCCGACAGCUAAGCUGCUUCUCCGUCUUGCUUGUGUUGACAACAAUGCGCAGUGCCCGAUGAGCUCCAAGUUCGGCGCAUCCCUAGGGGUCGCGGUUAACGUGCUGUUGGAGGAAGCAGUGAACCAUGGCUUGAACGUUGUUGGUGUAUCCUUUCAUGUGGGAUCGGGAUGCUCGGACGUCCACUCUAUCACCAAGGCUCUGGUUGAUGCUCGUGAAGUCUUUGAUGCUGCUGCCUCUCGCUAUGGUAUGAAGUUGUCCAUUCUUGACAUUGGUGGAGGCUUUCAAGGCGUCGAUAGGGAAGGAUCCCCACUCAACUUUAAGUCUAUGGCUACUGUGGUUAACUCUCUGCUCGAUACUCUUUUCCCCGAUCCGGAUGAAGUCCGUGUCAUCGCUGAGCCCGGGAGAUUCUUCGCAUGCAGUCCCUGUGCACUGCUCACCAAAAUCUACUCGAAGAAUGUUGUUGUGUCGGCGGCUAAGCUGCCAGAGGUGAAGAGUUGUGGUGGCAUCAGUGACGAGGAUACGAUGGAUGGUGGAAGCAGUAGCAGUGCCAGUGUAGAUGAAGGCGGAGCGAAGAAUCUUUCGUCGCUCACUAGGCUGUAUCUCAACGAUGGUGUUUACGGCUCUUUCAACUGCAUUCUCUUUGACCACCAGGUUGUGUGGCCAGAGGCUCUCUAUGCAGAAACCGAAAUACGCGGUAUCGCAAGUGUCACUAACCCGACGCAAGUGCUCUUCGGACCGACGUGUGACGGAUUUGAUACUAUUAUGCAAGGCGUUACCCACCUUCCUGAGAUGGAAAUAGGUGACCAUCUACUAUGGAGGAAUAUGGGCGCUUAUACUACUGCUGCUGCUACCAACUUCAACGGUUUUGAUACUCCUAUUUACUGGUAAUAUAUUCGUAACACUUGUUGUGAGUGUUCUGAUAGGUACUACAGAACUACGACCAUGACUACUACUUAGUCCCUACCGAAUAGAGGUUAUUUUGUUCAUAUCUCUGCACUCAGUCAAUAGCA